UAACGGGGUUUAGCUGCCGACGUGUUCUUAAUUACCGAAGGAGGGGAAGAGAUUUGCAGAGGCGCACGUUAGCAAAUCGCAGGGGAAGCCCCAGCAUUUGAAUUCGUCGUCGCGUCUCUCUCUCCGCUUCCCUUCUUUCUUGCAUCUUUCUGUCCUUCUUCUCCGUCGGCAGGAGGAGCUCUCGGUCGCAGCUUGCUUCCCUUUCGUGUGGGCGUAGAUCCUCGAACACCUUGCGGUUCCACCCUGCGGAACUCCCCCGUAUCUUUCGCCUAUCAAUUGCUCUUGUUCGUCCCAGCUGGGUGGCCCCAGAUUCAGGCACUGUCGUCGUAGAUUAGAGCAUCACUCAGAUGAUCCUCCUAUCGUCUUGGAAUCGAGGUCUUGUUCAUCGCGCUCUGUUUCGGGGAGUUUUGGAGUUCAUUUUGGGGAAUACCCGCUUUUUAGGGUUUCUGUCAAGAUCUCUGAGUUGUUUCCGCUGUGGUCUCUGUCACUAACAUCGCUCGGGUUGUGGGAACUAGAAAUUCCUCUCAGGAUCGCGCGGCACUUUGUUUUUCUUCGCACUUUGGGGCGGAAGAGUCCGGCGUUGCGAUACAUUGGAAUUGGGAGACCUUAGUUGCAGCUUACACAAUAGUUCAUCCUGCAACUGAUUUGGUCGGAAGUGGAGUGUAUAGCUCACGGCGGGGUAUAGUGAAUUAUAAUGUGGAGUUUUUCUCCAUAAACGAACGAUCUUGUGAUUCCGUUUAUGGGGCUGUGGAAGAUUCUAUGCAGAAGCCAUUUAUCUUCUUGCCACUAUGCAGCCAAGGCUCCUUCAUUGUGCAUAUGCUGUUUAACGCUGGUAGCGUUAGGUGAAUGGCAGAUCCUCUAAGAAAUGGUCGGGUUGAGAGGGAUGUUGAGCAGAAUGACCAGGCAAUCACAGCGUUGAAGAAAGGAGCAUAUCUAUUGAAGUAUGGUCGAAGAGGGAAGCCAAAAUUCUGUCCUUUUCAGCUUUCUAAUGAUGAAGCUACACUUAUUUGGUAUUCUGGAAGAGACGAGAAGCAACUUAAACUUAGUCAAGUUUCAAAAAUCAUACCAGGGCAACGUACCGCAAUAUUUCAGCGGUAUCCACGACCAGAUAAAGAAUAUCAGUCAUUUUCACUUAUAUACAAUGACAGAUCACUUGAUUUGAUCUGCAAAGACAAGGAUGAAGCAGAAGUCUGGUUUGUUGGCUUGAGGACUUUGAUCUCGAAUGGAAAUUACCGAAAAUUGAGAUUGGAAUCAAAAGGUGAUAGAAGUUCGUCUGAUAGUCCUCAUGCUUAUUUUCAGAAAUUUUCUCAAUUUACAUCACCCAUCAGCUGCAGCAGUAUUUUCCAUAAGGAUUCCAUUGAUGACCAACAAGUCGAUAUUCCAUAUGUGAGCCAACCAAUCAAUGGUUUAGGAAAGGUGUUGUCCGACGUGAUAUUAUGUACUGCACCAACUAAGGAUUCGUUUCAUUCAGACUCUCUUUGUAAACCUACUUAUUCAUAUUCAUCAGGAGCUACAGAUGUUUCAUAUGGCCAGGGUUCUGCGACUGAUAAUGUUAGAGUGAGUUUAUCCAGCGCCGUUAGCUCUUCAAGCCAUGGAUCAGGUCACGACAGCUUUGAUGCAUUAGGCGAUGUUUUUAUUUGGGGUGAAGGUAUAGGCGAUGGGUUACUUGGGGGUGGUCUGCAAAGGACUGGAAAUUUAUCUACCACAAAUAUGGAUGCAAUGUUGCCUAAAGCCUUGGAAUCAGCUGUACUUCUUGAUGUUCACAAUAUAGCUUGUGGUAGGGGCCAUGCAGUUUUAGUAACCAGACAAGGAGAAGUCUUCAGUUGGGGAGAGGAAUCUGGAGGAAGGCUUGGGCAUGGAAAACAUUCUGAUGUUUCCCAGCCAAAACUUAUUGAUGGUUUAGGUGGAUUGAAUGUUGAACUCGUAGCAUGUGGAGAAUAUCAUACGUGUGCUGUGACUUUGUCUGGGGAUUUAUAUUCAUGGGGUGAUGGUAUUCACAGUUCAGGGCUCCUGGGGCAUGGGAGUGAUGCAAGUCACUGGAUUCCUAAAAGAGUAGGUGGUCCAUUGGAAGAUCUGCAUGUGUCAUCAGUAUCCUGUGGACCAUGGCAUACAGCUAUUUUGACAUCUACUGGCCAGCUAUUUACAUUCGGUGAUGGAAUGUUUGGUGCUCUAGGUCAUGGAGAUUGUAGAAGCACAAAUAUACCAAGAGAAGUUGAAGCUUUAAAAGGAAUGCGAACUGUUCAUGCAGCAUGUGGUGUUUGGCACACUGCUGCCAUUGUAGAAAGUUUGGAUGCAUCUGAUUCAGGUUGUUCUUCGGUAGGGAGAUUAUUCACUUGGGGAGAUGGUGAUAAAGGUCGACUUGGACAUGGUGAUAGAGAACCUCGAUUCAUUCCAACAUGCAUCACUUCCCUUUCUGAUGGUGUCUGUAAAGUGGCUUGUGGACAUGACAUAACUAUUUCUUUAACAACAUCUGGACAUGUUUAUGUGAUGGGAAGUAAUGCCUAUGGACAACUUGGUAAUCCAGAAUCAGAUGGUAAACUUCCUCGCCGUGUUGGGGGUAAAAUUUUGAGUAGUUUCGUUGACGAGAUAUCAUGUGGCUCUUAUCAUGUUGCUGUAUUAACUUCAAAAACUGAGGUUUACACCUGGGGAAAGGGAGCAAAUGGUCGUUUAGGCCAUGGAGACAAUGAUGAUCGCAGCACGCCAACUCUUGUUGAAGCUUUGAAGGACAAACCAGUGAAGAGUGUUGUGUGUGGUGUAAAUUUUACUGCUGCCAUAUGUCUUCAUAAGUGGGUAUGCAGUGCAGAUCAGUCUAUUUGUGCUGGCUGUCAUCUCCCUUUUGGUUUCAGAAGAAAGCGUCAUAAUUGUUAUAACUGUGGGUUAGUUUUUUGCAAAGCAUGUAGCAGUAGAAAAUCUGCCAAAGCUUCUUUGGCACCAAAUUUUAACAAGCCGUAUCGUGUAUGUGAUGAAUGCUAUACAAAGCUUAAGAAAGUGAUAGCGGACGGUAUGAAACCAAGAGGACCAAGAUAUCAAAUUGGAAACCAGAUGAGUGGUGACUCGGCUGACAGAGAUACAUAUGGUUCUAAAGUGCAAGGGAAUUUUUCUAGGCUCUCCUCACUUGAAUCUUUUAAAGGUGAAAGCAGAGGUUCCAAAGAAUCAAUUAAUGGUCGUCGUUCAAUCCUGCAUCAAUUGGGAAAUUUAUACCCAUCUACCUCUUCAAAGUUUCUUCAACCAUCUUCAAGGAAGAUAUUUUCUGCUUCUGUUCCUGGUUCAAGAGUUUCUUCUCGUUCAUCAUCUCCUACAUCAUGCAAGCUAAGCUCACCUCACUUGGUACCUACAAGGACUGCAACUAAUCUUACAUGUUUGCCAAUUACUGAGGAUCUAGAACAAGAAGUAGCCAAGUUACAGGCUCAGGUAGAUGAGCUAAUGUCUAAGUCACAAAUUCUAGAAGUAGAACUGCAGAAAGCAACAAGAGAGUUGAUAGAUGCAAAGGCAAUAGCAUGUGAAGAAACUGCAAAGUGCAAAGCUGCAAAGGAGGUCAUCAGGUCUCUUACCUCACAGCUGACAGCCAUUGCUGAGAAGGUACCGGAGGGGUUCCUGGUAUCCAGUGAUGAAUAUGCCUGUCCAACAUAUUCAUCAAAACUUUAUUUCCGUGACAAUAAGUCAACCAACUUGCUAGCUACCCAUUUGCCCCAGUCAAAUGGCUGCACUAGUAAUCCAGUGUUGUUCAAUGGAAACAACAAAGUGUCAGAGGCUGCAGAAUGGGUUGAACAGGCUGAACCAGGUGUUUACUUCACCAUAUCUUCUUUGAAUGGAAGUCAUAAAUGUCUCAAGCGUGUGCGUUUUAGUCGGAAAAGAUUCAGCGAACAACAGGCAAAGGAAUGGUGGGCAGAAAAUCGAUUUAGGCUUCAGCAGACAUACACUAUUCUCAGUGGUGAAAAUUCUGCCUCUGCCUCUGCCUCUGCCUCUGCCUCUGCAUCAUCUAGAGAAAGAACAGGUUGAUUGACAUAGAGCCACCGAUAGCCAUGAAUUCUCCCUCACCCUUUCCUCCCGGUAAAUGUAAAUAUCCCUAUCAACCGCUGGUGGGUGUUGCGCAUAACUAGUUGAUGGUUGCAUCACAAUACGACAGUCAAUUAGGACAAUUAUGGAAAUAGCCACAUGCAAAUUGUCUCCACAGCCUUGAAGAAUUCUUGUGCGGUUGGUUUGUCUAUUUUGCCUCUCCUCUUUGGUUUACUCCAUUAACAAUAAGAUCCUGACUUUUUCCUGUCUCAGUCUGACAUGCUUUGUAUCUUCCAUCCACUCGUAAUUUACCUGAAGACCACAUCAUUUUUUAAAAUCUUUUUUCUUGCUUAUUUUUGCCGAUGAUAUUUAUAUUAUUCUUUUCGUCGUUGUCAAAUAUUUAUGGAGGCUGCAUGUCCAAAGCCUAAUCCGGUGGUCAGCAUACAUAACACUGGAAACUUAUUUGCCUAUUUGUCUAUAAUUAUUUCUUUCGAUGGUAAA